AUGUGUCAAUCUAAACUCCACAAUCUCCUCACCGCCAUCCCCAAGGUCGAGCAGCACUUACACAUUGAGGGAACUCUUGAGCCGGCCCUGCUCUUUUCCCUAGCUUCCAAGAACAAUAUCCCAUUACCUCCGGAUCCCGUGUAUACAUCGUCUGAGACGCUGGUAGCGCGAUACCAGCGCUUCACCAGCCUCGAUGACUUCCUCCACUACUAUUACCUGGGGAUGAGCGUCCUCAUCACCGCGCAAGACUUUGAGACCCUGGCCUGGGAGUACUUCACCAAAGCUGCGAGUCAAAAAGUCCGCCAUGCAGAAGUAUUCUUCGAUCCGCAGGCACACACCUGCCGGGGUGUAUCCUACGAUACCGUCAUGGAGGGCCUCCUGGCAGCCAAGCAACGAGCUCAAAAGGAGUUCAACAUGACGGUCGAGUACAUUGUCUGCAUACUUCGCCACCUACCCAUCUCCGACUCCCACGCCCUCGUCGACACGGUCCUCUCAAAAGGCCACUUCACUGACGGAACCCUCAUCGGCUUCGGCAUGGUAUCCAGCGAGAAGAACUUCCCUCCACACCUCUUCCGCGAUAUCUACACCCGCGUUGCCGCCACAGGCACGCACCUCACUACACAUGCCGGUGAGGAAGCCGGUCCCGGAUUCGUCACCGAAGCCCUCUCCCAGCUCAACGUCGAGAGAAUCGAUCACGGCCUCGCAUCAGCUCAGGAUCCAGACCUGCUCAACCACCUGGCCACGUCCAAAACCUUACUCACCUUUUGUCCCUGGUCCAACGUCGUCUUGUGCAACCUCCCGAAACUCGAGGACGCACCCGUCAAGAAAUUUCUCGAGGCUGGCGUGCGUUUUAGUUUGAACAGCGACGACCCCGCCUACUUUGGAGCGUACAUACAAGACGUGUACUGCAGAGUACAAGAGACGUUUCACCUUACCGUCCAGGACUGGGAUUGGAUUGUCAGGGGUGCCGUGGCGGGAAGCUGGUGCAGCAGUGAGCGAAAGGACGAAAUCACAAGGGAGUUGGAUUCCGUCUUGGCAGCUUUUGCGGCUGAGACCUGA